AUGCCUCAUGCGACCGAGCCCCCGGUCCCUGAGACCGAAGAUUCGGUCUUCGAAAAUGUGAUGCGACAGAUGAACGGCCCCCUCGGGGACGGCGCCAUGUCCUUCGAUUUCCUGUCGCGCGAUCUGGAACCCGGCGAGAAGGCCGACGACGCCGUGGACUACGAGGAUUUCGACGACGAUGAGCUUCCCGAAGAAGAAGAGCGGACGGGCCCUUCCGCUGCUGCCGACCACGACGACGACAAUGGCAUGAUGGAUCUCGGCGAUGAAGACGCAGACAAGGAUCUCUUUGGCGGGGAAGAUGAGGAUCUUUUUGGUGGUGGCGGCGGCGAAGAGGAUGAUAUUGGUGCUGCCGGCCGGGAGGGUGAGGAUGAUACACAGCAAGGUCCCCGCGAUGAGUUGGACGAUCUCUUCGGCGAGGGUCCGUCCUCGCCGGGCGCCGAUCAUGCGGAUCCCACGCGAGACUUGUUCUUCGAUGAGGAAGAGGAGACGACGGCAGCAGCGGCGACUGAUGAAGCACGACCGGUAGUGAAGGGAUCGGUGGCGGCAGCAGCAACGGCGGCGGCGGCGGAGCCGGUAAUGGAGGCGCCGGUGCCUUCUCUGUCACAGGAGCCCGCGGCGGCGGCGCCCAUGGAUGAGGACGAGGUGGAUCUUCUGCAGGAGGAUGAGGCGCUGAGCCCGACGGCGGAGGAUAUGGAUCCCGCGUCGUUGCGGGCGUGGAAACUCCAGCAGCAGCUGUUCGCCAUGUCGGCGUACGGGCCGGACAACCCGCCUGCUCCGCCGGAGAACGUCGAGGAGCUGCUGCAUUCGCUGUUCCCCACGUUUGACCGGAAUGCUCUACCCCGAUUCCUCGAGCUGAUCCCGCAUAAGAAAGCCUUCUUUCUGGGCAAGCAGCCGCUGAAGCCUCCGAAACCGGUGAUCCCGAGUAAGGUCAACAUUGAGUUGGCGCAGGAUCAGGAGCGAGUGUUCAAGGCCGCAGGCCAGGUCUUCAAACGCCCGCAUGAAGCCGAGCAUUCGGGCUUGGUGACGAUUCUGGAGGCUGCGCAGGAGGACGAGGAGGAGAUUCGAGAGGAGUUCGAGCACGAUACGGACGUUGAUGAUACUUUGCCUGGCGGUGUCUCCCUGCAUGACCUUCAGAUCGUUUGCGCAGAUUGGGAUGUCAAGGACGAUAUCUCUAUCAUGGAAGUUGAUGAGCCGGAGACUCAAGACGUCGACAUGGAGGACGACUGGCUUCUCGACACAAGUCGUCCCACGAAGAAACGCAAAAUCGGUCGGGAUCCAUUGGAGGUAGUGGCACUCGCCCAUAUCGAUGUGCCCAUUGUCGAUGACCCUGAGCAGGCAACCUCGCGAAUCGCCCAGAAGGUGGUUGUCGACAUGAACGACCCUCAUAUCCUCCUCGAUGAGCGUGGACCAGAGAAUGCCACGCAGAAGCCCAAAGCGUUGGGCGCCAUUAACCGCGAUGAAAUGGACGCCAGUGUCACCAAGCGUCUCACCUCACGGUACAACAUCUCGAACGACCAAGCUUACGAUAUGCUCAAGCAAAACCAUCAGAACAAGGUCCGAAGCACUCUGGGCAAUGUUACGUUGGAACACAGUAUGCCUGCUCUACGCCUGCAGUGGCCUUACUACAAGACAGAGCUGGCCAAGGCCGAAGCUCGCUCGUUCCACCGUCCAGCACUUGCUUUCAGGCCGGGACAGACAUGUUGGUUCAAAAACACCGCGUACAUCAAGCGCAAGCAUCAAAGGGGCAAAGACGUCAAAGCCCUCUUCGAUUCCACCAAAUCCCUCUCCCUGGCUGAUAACUCCAACGUCUUGCUGGUCGAAUACUCGGAAGAGGUUCCUAUCAUGCUGUCCAAUUUCGGUAUGUCUAACCGCUUCAUCAAUUACUACCGCAGGAAGAGCAUGGAAGACCCCACGCGCCCGAAGGCAGAGAUUGGCGAGACCGUUGUCCUGCUCCCUCAAGAUAAGAGUCCGUUCUCAAUCUUCGGUCACGUCGAUCCGGGCGAGAUAACCCCCGCAAUCUCCAACUCAAUGUAUCGCGCACCGCUGUUCCAGCACCAGGCCAAGUCGAACGACUUCCUGAUCGUGCGCAGCACGACUGGCUCCGGCGGUAGCGACUACUACAUCCGGAACAUUGAGAAUCUGUAUGUGGCUGGGCAGCAGUUUCCUUCGGUGGACGUGCCCGGGCCCCACUCGCGGAAGGUCACCACGGUGGCGAAGAAUCGUAUGAAGAUGCUAGUCUAUCGUCUGCUGAAGAAGAGCCCCGACCUCCGACUCUCCAUCAGCGACGUUACGGCGCACAUUCCCGGCACCAGUGAUAUGCAGAACCGUCAAAAGGUGAAGGACUUUCUUCAGCACGACAAGGACUCGAAGUACUGGGUGCCCAUGGAGCCGGUUCCGGAGCAGGAUGUAAUUCGGUCGUGGGUGCAACCGGAGGAUGUAUGUCUGCUGGAAUCCAUGCAGGUCGGUCAGCAGCACCUUCACGACACCGGCUUUGGCAACGAUGCCGAGACUGGCGGCGACGAUGAUGACGAUGGAGAAGGCGAGAGCUUCGAACAGCAAAUGGCACCUUGGAAGGCUACACGCAACUUCCUCCUGGCCUCUCAGGGUAAAGCGAUGCUCAAACUACACGGUGAAGGCGACCCUACUGGGCGUGGAGAGGGAUUCAGCUUCAUCAAGACCUCCAUGAAGGGUGGAUUCAAGGCUGUUGGUGAGAGUGUGGAGGAUAAACUCGAUGCACAAAGACUCAAAGAAUUGGGUGGCCACAGCUACAAUGUCGCUCGGCAGCAGAAAUCCUACGAAACGUCCAUUCGCCGCAUCUGGGAUGCGCAGAAGGCCAGCCUGUCGUCGACCGUUGAGCAUUCCGAUGAGGAGAGCGACAUUGACCGCGAUGACGAAGCCGAGUACAGCAAGCCGACACCCAGAUCCGAAGCGCCUACGCCGGCCCCAUAUCGGCGCGACGACGAGACGACCAGUCAGUUUAGCAGGAUGAGCUUGCCAGACCAGAGAGGCAAAGUUCUUCGCAUCAUGCGGACAUACAAGGACGAAAAAGGUCAACUCUAUCAAAAGGAACAGAUGGUCUUCGACCCCAAGGUUAUUCGGCACUAUAUUCAACACCGUCAUCGCGUGGAAGCUUUGAGCACGAAACUGGAUUCUUUGCAGCCCACCGGCGAUCCGGAAAUCGAUGCUCGCAACAAGAAACUUCUGGAAGCCGAAUUGAGCCGUCUCAACCGCAACAAGGAGCGUCGCUUUGCCCGCGAGAAGCAAAAGGGAGCUGCCCGUGCCUCAGCCGGAGAUUCACCCGCCGACGGUGGCGGUGGCUCCGGCAAGUCCGCUGGCACACAACGCAAAUGCGCCAACUGCGGCCAGGUCGGCCAUAUCAAGACCAACAAAAAGUGCGUUCUCAACCAGGAUGAGUGUCUUCACCCCCCAAUUGAUUCUCAAUCCUCGUUCUUUACUGCUUCUUCAACACCCCGCUCUUCUCCUUGGCCGGCCUCUCCAUCGCCUCGCCCGUCUCUGUCCACCUCCCCUCCGGCUCCCACAGCCGCAGGAAAAACAGGAGGCGAUGGACGAAGGCGCAUGGCACUCCCCCUAAAAGGCAUUCUAAAAAAGCCCACCACCACCCCUGGACCUGAUUCUGGAUGUGCACCUGGCACUGGCUCCCACGCUAGACCCUCCUUUCCCGGGAUUCCCAAUUAG